CUGCUGUUUGCGUUGGCGCUCAUUCUGCUGUCCGUUUGUCUCCUGUUUCAUGUGCUGCAGGAGGAGGCCAUUCCAGAGCUGGAGAUAGACGUGGACGAGCUGCUGGAUAUGCCCAGUGAUGUUGAGCGGGCAGCCAGAGUCAAGGACUUGCUGGUUGACUGCUUCAAACCUACUGAGGACUUCAUCUCAGAGCUGCUCGACAAGAUCCGAGGGAUGCAGAAGCUCUCUACGCCUCAAAAGAAAUGAUGACGUCCCUCCUCGUCCUUCCUCCUCAGCCCUCGCCUCUGGUCUUCAUGCCACACCACACUCUUUACUUUAAUGUCAGCUUUCCUGCAUUGAAGAUCAUCUAAUGUUACAAUUGAAUCUUUUCCUCUGCUCUUGGUCAAGCCCUCUGUUUUCCUCCAUCACUGUGGGAGUUGGGCCCCAGACAUCACAUUUCUUCCUCUUUUUUUGUUGAAAUUUGUCAUGUUUGAACCUCCCUCAUUCAAAGACAACUAUCAACAAAGAGGAAAUGUCUAAGAGACGUGGUCUUCUUCAUCUAGGCCUCUCUUUUUCUGCUACAGCAUCUUUUGGAGCCAUUUGUUGGCUCCUCUCUCCCUCAUCUGAGGCCCUCUCCCCCCAGCCUCCUCUGCACCACCCUCCAUCUGUCUGAGGAGGGACAGGAGAGGAGCCGAGUCCUAUAAUUACUGGAAGCUGGGUGGCUGAGAGUGGGAAGAGGAACAAGAGAAAGAGCUGGCUACAGCCAAGAAAAAGAAGUGAAAGGGUGAUGAUGAGGGAGGAGGGUUGGAGAGAGGAAACAGGGCUUAAUCAGUGCUUAGGCCCCCACCAAUGAGGUUCCUUAUGCUAUUUUAUGUGGUUUAAACCUGUAAACGAACCAGCCGCCAAUCAUGAUUUUGUAAACGUAUUUGCUUUAUCCUGGUUUGGUUUGAGGGCAUGAGGAUCAUCACCUCACUUCUUUUUUCUUUUUUUGGGCGUUUUGGAGGGUGGGUUCUGUCUGUGUUAACUACUAUUGUUAAUGAUCCUCCUUCACCAGAGGCUGCAGUCACUCAUUUAAAGACUGUCUUGUUUUUGGUGUUUCUGUUGAAAAGUCUGCACUGUGUCAUUUUGGGGAAAAAGAUCUGAACCUCUGACCACAAAGAAAAAUGUAUAUUUAGUACAGCAGCGAGGAAAAUAUGACGCCUGGAAAUGGUGAUUGAACCUUUAAAAACAAGUCACUGGUUGGCCGUCAUGGCCGAAAGACUGGACCAGUUUUAGGACAAAGAACAAAGAGAAACUGGAAAAAAGCGGAAAAAAUUAUUUGAUGCUAGACCAGAGAUAGUUUCGUUUAGGCUGAAUGUGAAUUUUUGUAGAAUUAAAGGUUUUCUUUCCUCAAAUGUGUAGUACAGUCACAAAAGGCUCCUCUGAGGCCACUGCUGUCCAGCCUGCACAUACACAUGUAUGUCCGUGUUGCUAAACGCUAUUAGUGUAUGUUGCUACAUAAUGUACAGCAACAUCUGAGUAUGGAGUGUUUUUGGGCCUGUAUAUUCUGCUGUUUUAUGCGACAGAAGGUUUUUUGUUUUAGGUUUAGUAGUAUAGAACUGGACCUGUUUUGGGUUUUUCCUGUCACACAUAUACACAUCGACUGUCCAAAAGGGGAACCCAGAUCAAAGCUGCCUUUAAUAUCCACUAAAUCCCAACCACUCAUGGCUUCUUCACCACUUCUUUGAAUCUUCAGAAAGUCUUGACCACCGCAACAUGCUUUCUGGAAACAUUAGAUGAGAACGGUCACUGUGGAGCUCCCUCCUUCACCAGUCCAGUUAGCCCACUCUCACUCCACAACACGUCUGAAUGAGAUGGGGGGGGGGGGGGAAACGUGCUGGCAAACAGCUGCCUCUGACACAGAUGUGCAGCGAGAAAGGCCCACAGUUGUCGCAAGGUUCCUGUUCCUCCACGGCUGUUGCCACUCAUCUCAAAGAAACGCCAGCUGCAUCUGAUCCUGGGCCAAUCAGAUCAGACACCAAAGCCCAUUGGUCACCGGCAGAAGCAGGGACACUCGCUGUGAUUCCUGUGACUGAUCGCUAACACCUGCAGUGACAGCAGACCUUCACUGUCUGCCCCCCUCGCUGCGCACACACACACACACACACACACACCCAUUGCCCCAUAUUCACCCUGCUGCUCUGUCAUUUCUCCCCUGCAUUCCCUCCUUCCUUCCUCCAUUGAUUUCACCAUUGUCAUCACCACCCCUUUCUCCCAUUUUCCUCAAUUUCUUUUUUAAAACAGAUGUUGCCUUAGGUAUUAUUUAUGUUACACAAACCAAAUAUACAGGAGACAUUCUUUUUUUUUUUUAAAAAGGAACACAUACUGUUGUGUUACUGAGCAAAACUACAGUGUGUGGAGAAUUGUGGCUCUUCUGUCGCUCCUUGUUUUGAGAUAUUUUUUUCUUCCUUUUUAGCAGUGAGUGUUUAAUACUUAGGCCUUGAUACAGUGAUUCUGUUUAGAUAAACAAUGAUAUUUACAUUGACCAUUUGAAUACUGGUCUGUUUUUAUUGUGACCAUGAUGAAACUUCUUGAUACCAGGCCUUGGAUUAACAUUUAGUUCAACAAAAUUCCAUUCAGAGGUAAUUUGGUGCGAUUGUUUUUGCUUUCCAGACUGAGCUCUCUGUGGGCUGUUUUAAUUGGUCCGAUUGUUUAAGGCAAGCUCAAUCAAUAGCUGAAUUUGAGUGGAUUUUCCUUUCUAAAUCCAGGUUUGGAUUAUAACUUCUUAGACUGUUAUUGGCAAGUCUGUUUGAUUUUUUCUUUUUUUUUUUACUGUUGAGGAAAAUUGCAAAAAAUAUAUAUGUAAUGAUUAUUACUAUUGAGGUUAAACACAAGAGCUAAACCAUGCGGAUUGGAGAGGAGGCAGUGGUACUUUGUUUUUUGACAAUGAUUAGAAAAACCAACAAACAAAUGUAGCAAUAUCAACAACAGGUCUUGUUUUUUCCCAAUUUUGUUACACUUUUAUGCAACUUUAAUAAAAACAAGUUAAAAGAACA